AUAUUAAAAUUAAUAAUGUUGAGACUUGUGCUACUACUUUUUGCGGGCGUAACCGGGUCCUUGGCCGUGGACUAUGAGCUGCUGCUCGAAGACCCUGAUGUUUUCUCGCGCUGCACCGAGCCUCAGCCCGGAGCGUUACAUUUUGAAGAUCUAUUCAACAAGGAUGACCUUGAGCUCGAUCAGGAAGCUGAGAUCAUUCACAUCUCCGGGGAUUUAACUACGAUUUGGGACGUGCAGCCCACCGACCGUAUUUCCGCCAGGUUCGCUGUAAUGCACUUUGAGCGCGGCAGCUGGGAACCCACUGUAUUCAGUUUGGCUACAGGAGACUUUUGCUCCGUGAUGUUUGAGAGGGAUUCUUAUUGGUUUAAGCAAUGGACUUCCCAUAUUUCGAACCGAAAGGAAAUACAGGAGAAGUGCCUCAAUACCCGUGGUACUACGCUGGUGCAUGAUCCGUUUGAUUUUCGACUAAAUCUUGAAAACAUUACUGGCCCAACCUUUCAAGGACGCUACAAAGUGGUGUGCACUUUUGAGGCUUUCGACGAGAAGAACAUCCCGCGAAGAAACUCUAUUUGCUUUGAAAUGCGAGGCGAAGUCAAGAAGCUAAAGAAAAAAGUUCACUGAGCUCUUACUUAUGCGUUUAUUAUAACUUAAUACUAUCAUAUAUAACUAUAUCGUAUUCAAGCAAUCAAAUAUAUUUGUGCAGUUCAA